ACCGCGUGCUUGCUGCGUGCUUUCUAGCCGCUCGGAACCCUGAUUGGCCUUGUGAAAUGCGACCCGCCCUGCUGUUGGACAAGGAAAUACAUAUUUGUGUUUCAGUGUAGGAAUGACUAAUAGAAGCCGGACCCCAGUGGUUCCCACCAGCAAUCCUAGCUACUUAGGAUGUUGAAUAUACACAAAACACCCCCAGGUACAGUCAUGGUUCCUAUGACAUUGUCAGUCGACAGGAGACUGCAUAAACUGGGGUUGUCCUGUGUAGUGAUGCCAUGUCCCUCAUGCAUGUGCAAAGACUUUUGGCAAAAGCAGCAGUUCAAAAAGAGGUACCAUGUAGCUCUGAUGAAUGGAGGCAGAGUGAAUCUGCAGAUGGAUCGCUUAUCAGGACUAUGGCUGCGGCUCUCAGCCAGUGGGGGCCGCUGAAGCCUUCCCAGGGAGCCGUGCCCAAGAAGCACAGGAUUCUGGUCUUGCUGGGGCUUCCACUAUCCAAGCCCAGUGCGAUCGCUCAGUUGGAGCACAGGGACCAACUGGAGAGAGAAGUCUUGAAAACAGCCAGUCCAGACUGGGAAGCAAUACCAGAAAGCAAAGUGCUGACUCCAGAGAAAGACUUUUAUAAAGAAGAAUCAGCCCCUGGGGCGCUAAUAGAAAGAUUUCCAGGGGAAUGUUCCAGUGAAUGUGAAAACUCUUUAGGAAGUCAGCAGGAAAACCAUGAGAAUCAUCUAAUACAAGAGGUUGUCCCUCAGAACAAACUUCCUGGGGAGAAAAGUUACCAGUGCGAUGAACUUAGAAGAAAUGUUCGUCAUCCGUCAUUAUUUGUUCAACAGCAAGGAGAGAGACUCCAUAAUUGUGAUUCAUUGAAAAAAACCUUAAAACAGAAUUCAGACAUAAUUAGGCAUGAGAGAAUUUGUGUAGAAAGGAAACCUUGGAAGUGUGGUGCAUGUGAAAAAGCCUUCAGUUACUACUCAGCUUUUGUGUUGCAUCAGAGAAUUCACACCGGAGAAAAACCCUAUGAGUGUAAGGAGUGUGGUAAAACCUUUAGCCAGAGCAUCCACCUUACUCUGCACCAGAGAACUCACACUGGAGAGAAGCCCUACACAUGCCAGGAGUGCGGGAAAGGCUUCAGCCAUCGCUCAGCCCUCAUUCGACAUCACGUAAUUCACACUGGGGAGAAACCCUACGAGUGUAGUGAGUGUGGGAAGGCCUUCAAUCAAAGUUCAUACCUUACUCAGCAUCAGCGAAUUCACACUGGGGAGAAGCCUUACGAGUGUAAUGAGUGUGGGAAGGCCUUCAGCCAGAGCACUUUCCUUACCCAGCACCAGGUUAUUCACACUGGGGAGAAACCUUACAAGUGUAACGAGUGUGGCAAAGCCUUUAGCGACCGUUCAGGCCUUCUCCAGCAUCAGAGGACUCACACUGGGGAGAGGCCUUAUGAGUGUGGUAAAUGUGGGAAAGCCUUUGGCUACUGUUCAGCCCUGACUCAGCACCAGAGAACUCACACUGGCGAGAAACCAUACAAAUGCAACGAUUGUGUCAAAGCCUUCCGUGACCGCUCAGCCCUCAUUCGGCACCAGAGAACACACACUGGAGAGAAACCUUACACGUGCAAGGAUUGUGGGAAAGCUUUCAGCCAGAGCUCAUCUCUCACGAAGCAUCAGAAAACUCACACUGGAGAAAAACCCUACAAGUGUAAAGAAUGUGGGAAAGCCUUCAGCCAGAGCUCAUCCCUUUCUCAGCACCAGAGAACUCACACUGGAGGGAAAACCACGGAAUAUGGACAAACCUUUCGUGAGAAUCCAGGCUUUGGCCAACAGAAGAGAAUACAUACUGGAUAAACGUCAUAUUCAGAGAAUAUUUAUUAAGCAUUCACCAUACAUGCUGUAGGGGCUGCAAAGGAAUUUAAGACAAAAAAAUACUGAGAAGUCAAGUCAGUGUGAUCUCAUUGAGACAACGAAAAAGUAGUUUUACAUUUUAAAAGUGUCCUAGUGGAAGCCAGGCGCC